AUGUCACUUACUCCAAGGAUGCGGGUCGACAUUGACCCUGAGGGUGAUACUCUGCUUAUUCUUGCUAUCAACCAGAAGAUUCCUGCCUCCACAGACUCCUCAGAAAAAGUCGCCGUCAAGACUGAGAAACAUUUUCUCUGCUCCAAAAAGCAUCUGACUUUUGCAUCGCACCGUGCUGCGAGAGUAUUCUCAAGCAACUUCAAGGAAUCCUCAAAACAGGAUGAUGGGCUUUAUCAUUGGGACUUCGGUAGCGCAUUCAACCUCGAGGCUUUCCAGAUUGUCUUGAACGUCAUUCAUGGGAAAUCACGUGCCGUUCCCCGAAGCCUUGGUACAGACGUCUUGGCCGAGAUUGCUUCUGUUGUUGAUGAUCUGGAAUGCAGCGAUGCUAUUCUGAUCUUCGGCUACAUGUGGCUCAUGCCGUUUGGCAUAUUUUACCACCUCCCAAAAACCAUGGAUAAAACCCUAGCGCAACUCAUCCUCAUCUCGUUUGUUUUCGAGAGCACCAACCUCUUUUGCAACAGUACCGAGGCAGCUAUUCGACACAGCAGCAAUAUUGUGCCAUCGUUUGAUCUCCCAAUUCGUACAGAUAUUAUCAAUCGUAUUAAGGACAGCAGAGCACGCAUCCUACAAGACCUGGUGCAUAGACUCGACAGGCUCCAGGAUGAUCUCCUCGAGGGGAGAUUGGGCUGUAGCCAAGGCUGCAGAGCUAUGCUUUUGGGAGCUUUGCUACAAGCGAUGAAAGCCUCCAAGCUGUACCCACCGCCUGAGCCACCAUUUUCAUCCUUGACCUUGGACUCGGUGAUCGAAACUUUGCGCAAUGUACAGUCACCAAGGUACUUCAGCGCUUUUGGCGACUGUCCUGCUGGAAAGCGUUCGGGUUUAUGGCACAUGCAAGAACAGCCAACUGCUCUGCCCCCUCCCCCAGUCAAAUCGACCCUCUUUGGGCCGAGCUCUAAUCAAUCCCACCCCGAACACAAUCCUGUUCCCAAACCAGCUUCUGGCUGGUCAUUCGGCGCUUCUCCCGCACUCCAGAGUCCUCCUGCGACGAAUACAGCCCCUGGCGGUCUUUUUGGCGGUAGGCCUGAACCUCGAAAUGGUGGUUUCACUCCCGGUGGUCUAUUCGGCACUCCUGCGGUGCCUCAAGCCAAUACUGCAACUGCUCCCAGAACAACCUCUGGUGGACUAUUCGGUGGCGGUACUACGCCUCAGACGACUUCGACUCCCCGGCCUGGCGGUUUGUUUGGUAAUAGCAGUUUGUUUGGCAGUGAUGCUACUGCCACUGAGAAGGCUUCUCAAUCCCAAACAAGCGAGGACAAGGAUGCACCCCAGAAGAUAACUCGACAUGACUGUUGUCUAAAGGACAUCAUCGAUCCUCUGAUACUUGCAGUGGAGGAGAAGAUUAAAGGCUUGCAGCUCGCUGAUUUCCCACAACUGUAG